UCUAUCUUCUUCUCCUCCUCCUUCCUCUGCCCUCCUUAACACAGAGAGAGAGAGAGAACCCAAAAGCCAAAGGAGAAUUUUCUUUACACCUUUCACUCUCUCUUUUUCUCUCUAAGGGUUCCGAAGAAGAUGGCGUCGAAACGGAUCUUGAAGGAACUCAAGGAUCUGCAGAAGGAUCCUCCUACUUCUUGCAGUGCCGGUCCUGUUGCCGAAGAUAUGUUUCACUGGCAAGCAACAAUAAUGGGUCCUCCAGACAGUCCUUAUGCUGGGGGUGUUUUCCUAGUUACCAUUCAUUUUCCUCCAGAUUAUCCCUUCAAGCCACCCAAGGUGGCAUUCAGAACCAAGGUAUUCCAUCCGAAUAUAAACAGCAACGGCAGCAUUUGUCUUGACAUCUUGAAGGAGCAGUGGAGCCCUGCUUUGACAAUUUCAAAGGUGUUGCUUUCAAUCUGCUCUCUGUUGACAGACCCAAAUCCCGAUGAUCCGUUGGUGCCGGAGAUUGCUCACAUGUACAAGACAGACAGGAACAAGUACGAGACAACUGCGAGGAGCUGGACCCAGAAAUAUGCCAUGGGCUAAGAUGGGAUGCUGUAUGUGUGAGGAAGGGCCAUUUUAUUCUAUUAUAGUAUGGUUUGUUAGCCUAAUGUAUGAAUAUUCCUGAAAUGGACUAAAGAGGUCCAUAAUCUGUGGCUUGAGAAAAGAAAAAAAAAAAUGAAAGAAACGCAUUUUGCUUUCUAAUCGUUUGUAUGAGAUAAUAUGAUCUUAAGGAGUUUCGUACCAGGUUUGGUGCAUACCGUAUUAAACAUUACUUUGGGGGAGCAGGCUAUAUUAAAAAAGAA